GUGCCAUUCCAAGUGCUGAUCAGGUGCGCAUUACGCCAUCCCUCAGGAGUCAGAGGGGCUCCGUGUGGACAAAAAACAAAGUCAACUUUGACCACUGGGAGGCCGAGGUGACCUUCAGAGUAUCUGGGAGAGGCAGAACAGGAGCAGACGGUUUGGUAAGCAUGAGUCCCAUUUUUGAUUCCUUUGACAAUGAUGCCAAGAAAAAUAACCCAGCUAUAAUUGUCGUUGGAAACAAUGGCAACCUUGUUUAUGACCACCAAAACGACGGCUCCACACAGGCCCUCGGUACAUGUUUACGGGACUUCCGUAACAAACCGUAUCCCAUCAGGGCCAAAAUCAUCUACUACAAGAAAACUCUGACGGUCAUGAUCAACAACGGUUUCACUCCAGACAAGGAAGAUUAUGAGUUCUGCACAAAGGUGGACAACAUGAUCAUUCCUAAGGAAGGCUUCUUUGGCAUUUCAGCUGCCACUGGCGGUUUAGCAGGUACUACUCUACUCCCUUUUAUUUAGGGAUGUCCCAAUCAG